AUGACAGAUAAUACAUUCAAAAGAAGAAAACUGACAAAUGAGGAAAUUGAGGAAUUUUUUUUUAAUUCUGAUGAGGAGAUUUUUGACAGCGAGGCAGAGAGUGACAGUGAUGAGGAUCUUCCCCCAAAUCUUGAAGCUCUGGACAACUUUGAAGACGAAGAGAUGACACCAGUUCCUAAUGAGGCAGAAGAGGUAACAUUAAACUCAUUGUUGUGGAAGGCAACCAACCUUUUUUAUCCUCCUGGCCCAGGCAAUUUUAACAACCAGCACUGUGGUGUGCAAAAUCCACCAGAAUCACCCAGUGAGGUAAAUUGUUUUAAAUUGUUUCUAACGGAAGAUGUCAUGGGAGAAAUUGUGGAGGAAACAAACCGCUAUGCCUCUGACUUGCAAGAGAAGGAAAUGAAAGGGAAGCUGGUUAAAUGGGUUCCAACAAAUAUCCCUGAAAUGUACACAUUUUUAGUGUCAGUUCUCUUAAUGGGUGUGAUCAAAAAACCAUCACUUCGUGAUUACUGGAGCACAGACCCCAUGCUCUUGACCCCAUUUUUUGGGUCUUUGUUCUCACAGGAUCGCUUCCUUCUGCUCCUCCGCUGUCUUCACUUUGCAAACAAUGCAACAGCAGUUUCCAAUGACCCGCUGAAAAAAAUCAGACACAUAUUCACUGCGCUCACCUCCUCUUUUCGUCGCAUUUUUGUGCCAUACAGGGAUCUGUGUGUGGAUGAGUCUCUGAUGAAGUGGAAAGGCAGGCUGGCAUUUCGUCAGUUCAUUCCAUCUAAACGGCACAGAUUUGAGAUCAAGUUUUUUGUUUUGUGUGAUGUGCUAACUGGUUAUGUGGAGGACAUGAUCAUUUACACUGGAUCCUCCACUGACAUACAACAUUACCCAGGACUUGGGAUUUCUGGGUCCGUUGUGAUGACACUCUUAGCACCUUACUUAGGCAAAUGUCAUGUUCUAUAUGUUGACAACUGGUACAGUAGUCCCAUACUUUUCCAGCACCUCUUGUCACUUGGCACUGGAGCUUGUGGGACCGUGCGCGGACACAGAAAAGGGAUGCCAAAGUUCACCUGCAAGAUGAAAAAAGGUGAGGUGGAAUUCAAAGAGAAUGGGUCACAGUUGGCAGUAAAAUGGCAUGACAAGAGGGAUGUUCAUGUCCUUACCACAGUCCAUCCAACUGGUAUGGCAGCCACAGGCAAGCUGGAUCACCUCACUGGGCAACCAAUGAUGAAGCCAGUCUGUGUGCUGGAGUACAACAAAAAGAUGGGUGCAGUUGACAAAGCUGAUAUGAUGACUGGUUUUCAUGAAUGCACCAGAAAGUCUACCAAGUGGUACAAGAAAGUAUUUUUUCAUGUACUCGACACGGUUUUACUCAACAGCCACAUCGUCUACCGGCAAAUUACUGGAAAGGAAAUCACCUCCCUACAAUUCAGGACGAACCUGAUGAGAGGGCUGCUGGAGGAGUACAGCACACUGCGAGGUCCAACCAAAGGCGGGCGUCCUGCCUUGGACACUCCUCUGCGCCUUACAGCCAGGCAUUUCCCAUCUGAAGUCCCUCAGACCACUUCCCAGGGCAGCAAGACCAGGCGGCACUGCAAGGUCUGCCUCUCCAGCACACGCAAGGGCAAGCAGAGGCGCCUCACCAAGCACAUGUGUGUGCCAUGCAACACUCCCUUGUGUGCUGUCCCGUGUUUUGAGGAGUACCACACACUGAAGCAUUAUUAAGCCUGUAAAAAGUCAAAGUAUAUUAAUUCAUGAUGAUACAUUGUUAAUUAUUAUUUAUUGUAAUCAUAUUAAGUGUGUAAAAUAGUUUGCUUUAAACAAAACCAUUUAUUAAAAGUCAGUAUAUUUAUAGUUUUUUGUUUAAUAUUUAUUGUACAUAGUUGUUUUUAUAUUUGUUUACAAAGCGGAUAUGAUGACUGGUUUUCAUGAAGCAUUAUUAAGCCUGUCAGAAAAAAGUCAGAGUAGCCUAUAUUAAUGAAUUUAUGAUGAUACUUUAUAAUUUAUUGUAAUUAUAUUAUUAAAUAUAAAAGGUACCAGUAUGUAUAAUAUAGUUUAUUUUAAACAAAAACAUUUA